GUCUGGUCUCCCACAGCUGCAUACCUGGACUCUAGGAAUAACCAACUAAGCUACGAACACUGCAACUGCGUUCCACAAGAAUGCAAAACCCAUGAUAUCAUUUCCCAGAAUGAUAUCAUACCCGAGUUAAUCCACCAUCUUUCCCUGGUUUAUGAGGAUGCGCUUUUCCCUCUCAAUGUUACAUCUUCUUUCAGCAUCCCUCAUAGUCUCUCUGCUCUAGUUCAUAGAAAAUCCCAAUUGAGAAAGAUGGUGGCCUACCACCUACCUGUCGACCUUGGGCAAUUCAAGAAGCUUAAGCUCGACCCGAAUAAGCCAAAACUAUCAGACCACCAGCGGCAAGAUCUACUGCACAAUAUUAAUAUUUUCCGAGAUGCAAUCGUCGCCUUCACAGCUACAGGUUCCGCUCGCGGACUUGCUGGUCACACGGGAGGUCCUUUCGACACCGCACCGGAAGUUUGUAUAUUGCUAGCCGUCAUCAAUGGGAACCCAGACGCUUUCGUCGACACUAUUUAUGAUGAGGCGGGACAUCGAGUGGCCACGCAGUACCUUCUCGCCGCUCUCGAUGGCAAGAUUCAUCCCGAUCACCUCCUCAACUAUCGCGAGGCGAAUUCCAAACUCCCCGGCCACCCUGAACUUGGUCUUACCCCUGGAGUCAAAUUCAGCUCGGGUCGGCUAGGCCAUAUGUGGGGAAUGGUGAACGGCAUUGCCAUGGCCAACAGAAAGAAGCAUGUCGUCAUGCUGGGCUCGGAUGGAUCUCAGCAGGAAGGAAACGAUGCGGAAGCGGCCCGCAUAGCCGUUGCCAACCAACUGAAUGUCAAGUUAUUCAUUGAUAACAACGAUGUAACUAUUGCCGGGCACCCUUCGCAGUAUCUUCCAGGCUAUAACCUAGAGCACACCCUGGCCGGCCAUGGAUUGAAGGUUGUUCGCGCUGAGGGAGAAAACUUGGAUUCGUUAUAUGGAGCCAUGUGCGAGGUUAUCAACCACAGUGGACCAGCCGCUGCGGUAGUUUGCCGGAAAAUGGCGCCCGGGAUCAAAGAAAUUGAGGGUGCUAUUAAGGCUCAUGAUGCUAUCCCCGUUGACUAUGCGCGCAAGUACCUAACGAAGCGUGGUUAUACUCACCAGCAGCUCGCGUUCUAUGACGAACUAAAGGCAUCCUCCAAUCCUCACCAGUACAUCGGUUCAACAAAGGAAAAAGGUGCUAAUCGUGUCAUCUUUGGAGAGGCCGUCAACUCAGUCCUAGAUGGUCUCAGCACGGAGGAGGCGGUGCGUCGGGUCAUGGUUAUCGAUUCUGAUCUGGAGGGCUCCACCGGCCUCAAGGGAAUCCAUGCGACGCAUCCGGAGGUGUUUGUUCCUUCCGGUGUGAUGGAACGGGGGAACUUCUCUGCUGCUGCAGGCUUCUCAUUCGGCAGUAACGGCGAGCGUCAAGGUGUCUUCUCUACCUUUUCAGCUUUCUUGGAAAUGUGCAUUUCCGAGAUCACGAUGGCUCGUUUGAACAAGUGCAGCGUACUCUCCCACUUCUCCCAUAGCGGAGUUGACGAGAUUGCUGACAAUACAUGUCAUUUUGGUCUGAAUAACUUUUUCGCUGACAAUGGGUUGAUGGAUGCGGAGAGUAAUAGUCUGUAUUUCCCAGCGGAUGGGGAUCAGAUGAAAGCUGUCGUUAAACGGAUAUUUUUUACCAAGGGACUACGAUUCAUCUUUUCUACUCGCUCCAAGGUCCCUUAUAUUCUCAAAGAGUCGUCUGAGGAACAUCUCUUCGGCGGUGAUUACACAUUUACGCCUGGUAAGGACGAGUUCAUUCGUCACGGUUCCGCUGGAUACAUUAUUUCAUACGGCGAUAUGCUCUACCGCUCCCUAGAUGCGGUUGAACGACUGCGGAAGGAUGGUCAAGAUAUCGGUCUAGUGAAUAAGCCAACCCUGAAUGUGAUGGAUGAGGACGCCAUGAAGAUCUAUGGCGCAUGUCCGUUUGUGAUCGUUAUCGAGCCGCUGGCUCAAAAGACGGGCCUUGGUUCUCGACUCGGCAGCUACCUUCUUGAGCGCAGGCUGGCUCCUCGAUACCGCUCAAUGGGUGCUUGUAAAGAGGGAUGUGGUGGUCUCUAUGAGCAAGUCAACGCCCAAGGCCUUUCGCCGGAAGAUAUACUUAGAGCUGUAAAGGAAAUCACCAACACCUAAUCCACGCAUGCAACUGUUGCGGCGCCGGAGGAAAAGCAAAAUUGGAUUCAGUAUCAAGCUCGCGUACAUUGUAAAUGUUUUAUAUAAAAAAAAAGGCGUAUCCUAGAUUUAACUGUAUUGUUGAAAGUGUUAUCGUUGCUGUACCGCUGCGUCUUCUCGAGAAAAACAAGGCUCUGGACAAUGUAACCAAAGAGAAA